CUGUUUAAAUGUUGACUCCAGGUAUCGUAUUGGCUUGAUUAUCAGCAGCAGGUUUAACUCAGUCUGCAGUUGUACCGUACUGUCUAGCUAUCACAGACUACGACACAACGUUAAGGCUAUUUGUUUUGCUCUCCUCGAUCAGAAUGCAGUUGAAGGGUGUUACCGUGUUGCUGGUUGUGACGUCACUAGUUGGUACGUCGUACCCACUUUGGUGUACCUCUUCCGAUAAAGGCGAUGAUGUUUUACAGCUUGUGGGUUUUCGUAUUUUUGACGCCACAAAGAACGACGAUGCUGAUCCGCUGAAAUCCCUCCCCCUCAGCGGUCACAGUGGCAUCUAUGUGAAGCUAGAUGUGGACGUGAAAGACAGGCUUCCGUCGGACGCGACUUUCAGUCUGUCAAUAACUUUCCCUGAAGCCUGGGUGCGCGUGCCUUUUUCUUUCGAACCCCUACAUCUCCCUAUCAGCUGUCAGUCACUCGUCCCGAAUCCCGUCCCGUCAUGUUACUACAGUAAUCGUGAUUGUUCCGAGAUGGAGGAGUUUCUGGCAGGCAGCUCUUUCGAUUGUCCUCUCGCCCCAGGACAGUACCGUAAUCUUUUCGGCAGGGAUCACAUUUUCCCUGUUCCAAACCUCUGGCCAGAGAUCCCAGCUCUUGCGCGUCCUUUUGUGCAAAAAGCCGGGGGUACCGCGAAACUGGUCAUCUCAUCAGGCGGUAGGAAUAUAGCUUGCGUUGAGGCAAGUGUCGAGUUCCAUGUCUAGAAUAAGGAAAGCUGCCUAUAUAGCAUAUCAGUGCGAACAUGAAGUGUUAUAACUCGUGAUUCAGAGAGUAAUAAAACUAGUUGAAAACUCAAA